AUGGAGACUGGCGACUGGUCGAACCUUCCUCCUGAUAUGCUUGGAUCUAUAUUCCAACGAUUAAGCUUGGCGGAUUUUCAUCGAGCUAAGACUGUGUGUUGGAACUGGAACUCGAGUUCGAGGCUAACUCUUUCCCGGAAAAGAGAAUCUCCAUGGCUGAUUCUGUUUCCUCAUGACAGUUAUGAUGUCUGCAUGCUGUACAACCCAGACGAGGACAGAGUUUACAGGACAAAUAAAGACUUGUCAGGGACUCGAUUCCUUGCGAACUACGGUAACUGGCUCCUAAUCCUAGAUUCUACCUCUAAUUUGUACAUGAUAGAUUUGUUUAGCGAGAAUAGGAUCGAUCUUCCUCCAUUAGAGUCGCUCAUAUCAAGUACAUCUUCUCUCAAACGUGUGGGAGAUAAAGAAUUUAUAUGGGAAUUUUCUGGAGGCUCUUAUUACAAUCUGACCACCAAUGACCUUAGAGGACGUUUGUGGGUAAACGAGAAGACGGAAGAGUUCGUUGUAGCGUGGUACUUUUACUGCCCUUCAAGUCAUUUAUGCUUUUGCAAGAAAGGGGAACUUAGUUACACUGUCAUUCCUCUGCGUGAAGAAGUCCCCGAAUCGUGA